AUGGGUAAUUUGAAUAUUGGACCAAAAGAAAUUACAGGUUCAAUAAGAAAUGAUAAUGGUCAUAUUCAAACAUUUGAUGAUCCACGUCGUUUUAUUACAACAUAUCAAAUGAAUCAUUUUGAUAUGAAUCCUAAAGGACGUGAUCGUGAAGGUUAUGUUGCUGGUGGUAUACAAAAACCACGAUCAAGUGGUUUUUCUGAAGAUACAAAAAUAUCAAAUCCAUUAGAUAAUUUUCGUGACGAACGUAUUACACAUUAUCAUCUUGAUCCAUAUCAAGUCAGAAGUUUACGAGCACGUGAUCCAUUUUUUGAUGAUACAACACAUGAUAAUAAAGAGAUAUUUUCUAUAUUAAAACAACUUUCUUAUCUGAAGUUUCCAUGUGAAUUACCAUCAAUGAUCGAAUAA